AUGGUUUCCAUCAAUCAGGGUCGGAUCAGUUUCUUGACCGACCCUUCGGAAAACGUCAAGCACUUUUACAAUAUUCUCGUUGCCAUUAUAUUUUUCUUCAUUGCCCAGUUAAUUACAUCUGUGUGGAACCAGCCAUUCUGGGCCACAGGUUUGGACUUUCCGGGCCAGAUCGUCGCCAUGGUGUUCGUGUGGCUCGUCAUGUGCGCCGCCCAGGUACUUCUUUGCCAGCCUGGUGAAGGACUGGAGAGGCUCUACCACAGGUAUAUCAAGGCUCCAACGGAGGUGCUCAAUAAGCACAUGUCCAUUGGCUUCACGAUCCCUAUCUUAAAUUUGAUCAACAAGCCGCCCCCAAGUGCAUAUCAAAUUGGUCUGCUCAUAGCUACAUUUGCUGUGACGGGUGUACUCAACUCUAUCCUGGUGUACAUUGUUGCAUACCACGUGCAACUGGCGACCACGAAGAUAACAUCCCGCCUGUGGAGCAGCUCGGUCCUGGACAUCGAGGCAGCACGAACGCAAACAAUUGCUAAAGCAGCUGGAAUGCCACAAAAGCCACUCAAGCGUGGCGCGUUGUGUUAUAUCGAUGAAUGCGUUGAUGCGCACUUCAGAAGCGGUGCAGAUGACGGUUCGCGCCUGGAUCGUUUCCGCAAGCACAUCAGUGAUACAUCCACACUGUGCACUCUUUCUGGAUAUAUGAGUGAUUCUAAUGGCGCAAAGAUAGCAUGUCAGGGGCAGGUACACGCUACCAAGAGCAAUGAGCACGAUCAGGAUGAGUACGAGACACCAACCGCAAACGCAGAGGCAUCAGCAUCAUACCUUUCGCUGAUCAGCAAACUCAAGGCCAUAAUCUUCACUUGGCUGUCGCAGAACAUUUUUCUCACGCUAUCCCUGCUCGUCUUUUCGUUGGUCGGCCUGCCAGUAUCUUACUACCGGCAGAAUGACUUCUAUCUUGACGUCGGCUUCCUCUUCACCAUCUGGCUGACCUUCACCUCGGCCCAGAUGUGCACCAAAAAGCAAGCAAACCUCGGCCAUCGUCACAGAAAGACACUUGCAGCUGUCGCAACGCUUCUCAACCCGGUGCUCUGGACCUCAUUGUUUCUCGUCUGCUACGGUCUGGCAAAGUCCAGCAUUCGCAACCAGCCCAGGGCGGUUGUGACCGUCGGGUUCACCACGAACAAUACCGUGUCGGACCUGAUCGCAAAUCAUGGCGAGCCUUCAGUUACUGCUGAGUACGGCUCACACUUGGGGUCCAUCCCCAUCGGCGCCGGUGACGUGGCGACCUCGAUUCUCAACGCAGGUAUCGUAUCCUGGGGCCUCAAGCUGUUCGAAUACAGACAUCAGAUUGCGUCUUCCGGCGGCCUUACUGUCGUCGCCACCUCCAUCCUGGCCUCGCUACUCAAUGUUGUGGCUUGGCCUCUCCUGGCUCACGCCAUAGGCGUUCGCCCGGCUUCCUCGGACCUCAGCUUCGCGGCGAGGAGUGUCACUAUCGCGCUGGGCGGACCAACGAUGAAGAGCCUGGGCGGGGACGCUGGCGUGAACGCCGUGAUCGUGGUUGUUAAUGGGAUAUGUUUUCAGCUGGCUGCUGGGUUCUUUGCAGAGGGUGGCUUCGGUGUAGCGGAUAUGAGCUGCAAAGGAAGGCUGAUGCGUGGUUGCUGGGCUGGCCUCGCCCGGAACUGCAAGACGAAUGGACGGUCUGAACCUACUUCGUUGGAUCAAUCUCAAGGUCGCGAACAAGGUGGACGGGGAAUACAGAUGGAAGGAUUACAGGUCGACGACGACCGCGAUAUCAGGUACAGCUCUGAUGUCACUCACAUCGGCGAGCAUCGUCCGGACUACCGAAACGAUGGGAUCAGGUGGGACGCAAUUCACACCACCUCGAAUGCUGAUGUUAACAAAGACAUUGAGCCGAAGAUCCAUGGCGGCCACCUACAAGUUCAAAAGGAUACUUCUGCCGACCCUGCAUCUGUCGUGCCGACCGUGGCAGCAGGCGUGACGAUCGGGAUCAAUGCCGCGGCCAUGGGGACCGCCCACCUGUACGAGCAAAACAGCCAUGCCGCCCCGUACUCUGCGCUGUCGAUGACCAUGUUUGGGGUGUUCACGGUUCUUUUUACCGUCCGGGGGCCUAUGACCGAGUGGCUUGUGGGCAGAGUUGGCGGAGGAGGAACGGGAAUCGAAUGA